AAGCCAAAGAAAUUGAAGCAGAUGAAAAAGAUAAAGAAGAAAAUACUAUAAAAGAAGUGGAGCAGAUAGCAGUUUCAUAUAGAUAUACUAUUCAUUAUUCAGAUAGAACAACGCAAAAACCAGUGAUUAAUCGAGAAUCAAAAAAUAUAAUAAAAGACUUAAUGGAAAAUCUUCAAGAAGAUCUAGAAGUUAUUUUAGAUAAGCUUCGUGAAAUAGCUCCAUCUGGAUAUAAUAAAAUUCGUGUAUUCGAUCCUAAAACCAAAAAAUAUUUGGGUGCUUCGCAUAGAAAAUGUCACGGGAAAAAAUUAAUGAUUCAAGCUAAGUUAGAUGAUGAGCAAAAAGAAAAACAUAAAUCUUGUAAGUUUAGAGGACCAGCUCAUAGUAGAUGUAAUUUAAAAUUACGAAUCGAUCCAGAAACAAUAAAAAUCCCUAUACUAAUUUGUAAUGAAAGUGGUUAUGAUUUCCAUCAUCUUAUGCAAGAAAUAGCAAAAGUGACGAUGAAAAAUA